UGUCCUUGGGCUGAACUAGCGUUAAUUAUCGAAUUAAUAGGAUCUGAGCUAAACGGCAGUACCAUGCAGAUCUUCGUGAAGAUGUUGACUGGCAAGACCAUUGCCGUAGACACAGAACCGGAAGCAACUGUGGAGAGUGUCAAGAAACAGAUUGAUGAGCGUGAAGAAAUUCCUCCAAACCAGCAGCGCAUGAUCUUCGCUGGCAAACAACUGGAAGAUGGCCGCCAGCUACAGGAAUACAGUAUCAUCAAGGGAUCUACGGUUCAUCUGGUCCUGCGUCUUAAGGGUGGUAUGCAGAUCUUCGUGAAGAUGUUAACUGGCAAGACCAUUGCCGUAGACACAGAACCGGAAGCAACUGUGGAGAGUGUCAAGAAACAGAUUGAUGAGCGUGAAGAAAUUCCUCCAAACCAGCAGCGCAUGAUCUUUGCUGGCAAACAACUGGAAGAUGGCCGCCAGCUACAGGAAUAUAGUAUCAUCAAGGGAUCUACGGUUCAUCUGGUCCUGCGUCUUAAGGGUGGUAUGCAGAUCUUCGUGAAGAUGUUGACUGGCAAGACCAUUGCCGUAGACACAGAACCGGAAGCAACGGUGGAGAGUGUCAAGAAACAGAUUGAUGAGCGUGAAGAAAUUCCUCCAAACCAGCAGCGCAUGAUCUUCGCUGGCAAACAACUGGAAGAUGGCCGCCAGCUACAGGAAUACAGUAUCAUCAAGGGAUCUACGGUUCAUCUGGUCCUGCGUCUUAAGGGUGGUAUGCAGAUCUUCGUGAAGAUGUUGACUGGCAAGACCAUUGCCGUAGACACAGAACCGGAAGCAACUGUGGAGAGUGUCAAGAAACAGAUUGAUGAGCGUGAAGAAAUUCCUCCAAACCAGCAGCGCAUGAUCUUCGCUGGCAAACAACUGGAAGAUGGCCGCCAGCUACAGGAAUACAGUAUCAUCAAGGGUUCUACUGUUCAUCUGGUCCUGCGUCUCAAGGGUGGUAUGCAGAUCUUCGUGAAGAUGUUGACUGGCAAGACCAUUGCCGUAGACACAGAACCGGAAGCAACUGUGGAGAGUGUCAAGAAACAGAUUGAUGAGCGUGAAGAAAUUCCUCCAAACCAGCAGCGCAUGAUCUUCGCUGGCAAACAACUGGAAGAUGGUCGCCAGCUACAGGAAUAUAGCAUAAUCAAGGGUUCUACUGUUCAUCUUGUUCUACGGCUGAAGGGUGGUAUGCAGCUCAUUGAUUGAACUUGUUAUAACAUUGAUGAAAUAUUGAAAAAAGGCUCUAAACUCAUUCCGUUGAUGAGACAAAAUGCAAAGCAAACAAACUGCCAAACCAAAAACUAGAUCGAAAAUCGCACAGAUUCAACAAGACAAAGUUUGAAAAACUGUGUCAGUGAAGUUCAAUAAAUAAUAACCC